AAAAGAGCGGUUUAUGAGUCAGUUAAAUGCGCGUCACUUCCCCGAGAUGGAAGCAGAGUAAGGAAAUAACAAGCAUUUGUUAAGAAAUACCAUAAGUUUAAUUUCCUGCAACAAUUAUUUGAUUUCUGGUCUUCGGAGAGAAGUUUUUAUUGAAUUCGGCUCGCAUGUUUUAGUCACAAAAUGGCAAGCUGUGAGAAGAAAGAUGAUGAGCCUGCCGAAUCGCCCGGGACCAUUGACUUCUUUUCCUUUCCCCUAAUUGUUCUGAACUUCGCGGUGAGGAAGAAGUUGGCUCUCUUUCUCAAUCCGAGUAGUGUGGUGGCGGCGGACUGGACGGGGCUGGCCGAGGAAAUGGGUUUUGACUAUCUGGAGAUUAAGAACUACGAGAGGUUUGACAACCCCACCGGAAAACUGUUGGAAGAUUGGCAAGUGAAGGAAGGUUCUUCCGUGGGCAGGUUACUGGAGCUACUCCGGAAGAUAGAACGUGAUGAUAUCCUGGAAGACCUCACACCAGCUAUUGAAGGGAACUGUAGACAACACCUCAACAAACCACUUCAAGUGCCUUCGGUGGAUAGCAGUGAGCCCAAGAUCCCAGAUUUGAGUGGAAUUACAACAAGAGAUGACCCCAAAGGAGGUGCACCUGAGUUAUUUGAUGCCUUCAUUUGCUAUUGUCAAGCUGAUAUUGAGUUUGUCCUCGAGAUGAUCAAGCAGCUCGAGCAGUCUGAGAGCAAACUGAAGCUGUGUGUAUUUGAUCGUGAUGUGCUGCCGGGGUCAUGUGUCUGGACCAUCACCAGUGAGCUUAUUGAGAAAAGGUGUAAAAGGAUGGUGGCGGUAAUCUCUGAUGACUAUUUGGUCAGUGAUGCUUGUGACUUUCAAACAAAGUUUGCUCUGAGUCUUAGUCCAGGUGCCCGAGACAAGCGUCUGAUCCCCGUCAAGUACAAGCAUAUAAAGAGGAAAUUUCCAAGCAUUCUCCGGCACAUCACGCUCUGUGAUUACACAAACCCAAGCACCAAAGCAUGGUUCUGGAAGAGGCUUGCUAAGGCACUCUCACAACCAUGAGAGGAGAACCUUGUGAAGGAGUGGAAAUAUUCUAGUCAGUUGGCCUUGUUUACAUGUAACAAUGAAGAUAGUUUGGGGAUUCUACCACAAGCUGACUCUAUAGGCCUGUACUGAAUGACCAGCUUUGGUAUCUUGACUACACAGUGCUUUCUUUUGUAUUAGAAAGGAUUGGGUUUCUUCUCACUGGGUGAAAUUUAAUGUAAAAGAAAAAUGUUUUGAACAAUUUCAAAGAUGCACUCUAGAUUGUACUGAAAAUGUUCAGAAUUUGUGAUCUGUUUGGCUUCCUCUGUCGAUUCUCUCCUUUUCCUUAGCUCUGAACUCACAUCCUUCUCUAGUUUCUCUAGUAUCUCCCCUCAUGCCCUUUCUGAGCUCAUCUUGUCCAUGAGACCUCCCCCCAACCCCUGCUCCUUCAACCCUAUUCUGAUUAAACUACCCAACUUUCUUUCUUGACUCCUUUGUUAGCUGAUAUUGUUUACUGUUCACAUUCUUCAGGUUCUGACGCUCUCCUUCAAAUCUGCCAUCAUCACCCCUCCCCACAAAACCAAUUCUUGACUCCUCCAUUCUAGCAAGCUACACUUCAUAUCCAACAUCCCUUUCCUUUCCUCUAAUUGAACAUUAUGUCACCUUCUGAAUCUUUACCUAUCUUUCCUGGAACUCCAUAUCUGAAUCUCUUCAGUCAGGUUUCUGCCCUGUAACUGUACUGAAACAACCAUUAGCAGAGUCACAAAUUACAUCCUAUGUGACUGUAAUAAAGGUAAACAUUCCCUCCUGAACCUUCCUACAGCCAUUGACACAGUUGACUCCAUCGUCCUCCUGCAAUGACUCUCCUCCUUUCAGCUUGUGUGACUACACUUGACUGGUUCAAUUCUUACCUAUCUAAUCAUAGCCAGACAAUAAUUUGCCAUAGUUUCUCUUCCUGCUCCCACCCCAUCACCUUUAGUGUGCCCCCAAGGAUUAUCCAUAGCCCGCCCCUUCAGUUUCUCAUCUACAUGCUGUCCCUUGGCAACAUCAUCCACAAACGCCGUCAGUUUUCACAUGUAUGAUCACAACACCCAGUUCCACCUCGCCACCACUUCUCCCAACUCUGCUGUUUCUGAAUUGUCAGACUGCUUGUCUGACAUCCAAUACUGGAUAAGCAGAAAUUUCCUCCAACUAAAUAUUGGGAAGACUGAAGCCAUUGUCUUCUAUCCUCACCACAAACCCUGUCUGAAACACUGCUCGCAAUAUUGAUGUCACUAUUUGACCCCAAGAUCAGCUCCUGAUCAUAUAUGGGUCUUCAGCAGUAAAGCUGCCUAUUUCCACCUCCAUAGCAUCGCCUGACUCUCUGCAUCUGCCUCAGCUUAUCUGCUGCUGAAACCUCAUCAUGCCUACGUUACCUCCAGACUUCACUAUUCCAAUAAAUUUGUGGCUGGUAUACUACGCAUUUUACCCUCCAUAAACUUGAAGUCAUCUCGGCUGUCCUAACUAUGAGUUCACCCAUCACCCUUGUGAAUACUGACCUACAUCGAAUCUCAGAAUUGUCAUAGUGCAGAAGGGGGCCAUUCAGCCCAAUUGCCAAUGUGCCUGAGCCCCCUCUGAAGUGCCUUUUUUUUUCAGACUGCACAGCUCAAGAAAAAAGGUCCACUACCAUCUCUCAGAACAAAUGGUCGUAAAAUGCAGACCUCUUCAUUGACUCCCACAUCCUGAGUGUGAAGAACUUAUAUGAGAACACAUUUUAGGAGAACACAUUUUAGGAGAACACAUUACAGCUAACAGUUGGAGUUUUUCUGACAACUUAAGACAAAUCAGCUUUUUCUUGGCCUCCGUGGGCAUUAUUUUCAAUUCAACUUGUGGACUGUGUUCCUUUUUUCUCUGUUCUUACAUUUUUUAGUAAAAUUAUGGCAUGUUUUUUCAUUGACAUUUUAUGUAUUUUUUAAUGUUAAAAAAAGUACUAAAAUAAUUCAAUAAAAACUUUAUUGAAGUUUA